AUGGCUUCUUUCUCUGUUCCCUGUGCUAAAUCCUCUGUUUUGCUACGAUCAUCACCUUUGAUUCCGAGUCAUAACCUUAAACAGAACCAUUUUUUUGGGUUUCAGAUUGUAAAUGUGUACGAUGCUGCCAUCAAGGAUAGGAUUCUGUUUUUCAAUCAUGAUAGGCUAUGGUCUAGCCAGAACCAAUUUAGGACUCUCAAGGUGCAUGCCCAAGUUAAUGAGGUUGCCGUCGAGAAAUCGCUGAAUUCUGCACCAAUCAUAGAGAUAACAUCAGAAGAAAAAGGGAAACAAGGCAUUCCUGACCUACAAUCAAUCGCAGCAUUCAUGAACCAAGUUGCAGACCUAAUUAAGCUGAUUGAUUCAAGGGAUAUCGUUGAGCUGCAGCUAAAGCAGCCAGUAUGUGAGAUCACUAUUAGGAAGAAAGAAGCCUUGCCACAGCCAGGGAUUGCUCCUCCUGUUAUAACCAUGCAAGCUACUCCUCCGACCAUUCUUCCAUCUCCACUGCCUCCCUCAGAGCAGGUCACUCCUCCCACUUCUUCCAGUCCUGCUGCAAUGCCUUCAGCACCGGAGGCUCAUGCCCCUCCACAGCCGAGUAAAUCAUCGCAUCCACCACUAAAAUGCCCUAUGGCAGGAACAUUUUAUCGUUCCCCUGCUCCUGGUGCACCACCUUUUGUGAAGGUUGGAGACAAGGUCCAGAAAGGCCAGGUAGUUUGCAUCAUUGAGGCGAUGAAGCUGAUGAAUGAGAUUGAAGCCGAUCAAUCUGGAACAAUAGUUGAAAUACUUGCGGAAGAUGGCAAACCAGUCAGCGUGGACACGCCUCUGUUUGUGAUUGAGCCGUGAAAGUUUAUGCAAAAUCAGCUGCAUGCAAGAGUUCUAUAGUUACAUAAAGCAC